AUGCAUCGUCGACAUCAAAACCCUUUGCACGAUCCUCUCCACUAUGCAACGCUGCAGCUUCCCACCGGCCCGUCUGUAACAUAUGCUUCAGCUUCUCCUCUUCUAUGCGGAUAUGACUACGUAAUCGUCGGUGCUGGUGCAGCUGGAUGUGUUCUCCCUAGCAAGCUUUCAGAAGAUCCAAAUGUCUCGGUCCUGCUACUUGAGGCGGGGGGAUGUAACACCAAUAUUUUUGAAACUAAGGUUCCUCUCAUGUUUCCAAAGCUCUUUCACCCAGAGCAUGAUUGGGAUUAUUACACGAUCGAACAGCCGAAUCUCUCAUCUCGAAAGCUGUAUUGGCCUCGUGGACGUAUACUCGGAGGCUCCACUUCGCUUAAUGCCAUGAUGUACCAUCAUUGCUCAAAAUCAGACUUCGAUGAAUGA